AUGUGGAAAGCCGUAGCUUUGAUCACCCUCGCGGCCUUCGCGGCCGCCAAAGAAGAGGACAAGAAGAUCGAUGGCCCAGUGAUCGGAAUCGACUUAGGCACCACGUAUUCGUGCGUGGGCAUCUACAAGAAUGGACGAGUAGAGAUUAUUCCUAACGAUCAAGGCAAUCGUAUCACGCCCUCUUACGUGGCCUUCACCGACGACGAGCGUCUGAUCGGAGAGGCGGCGAAGAAUCAGGCCACCAUCAAUCCUACGCAGACCCUCUUCGAUGUGAAGCGCCUCAUCGGCCGCCGCUUUAAGGACUCCACGGUGCAGAAGGACAUUAAGCUCCUUCCAUACAAGAUCGUGGACAAGAGCACCAAGCCCAUGAUCGCUGUGAAAGUGAAGGGUGAGGAGAAGGUCAUGGCUCCAGAAGAGGUGUCCUCCAUGGUGCUCACCAAGAUGAAGGAGACUGCCGAGAACUACUUGGGCAAGGAGGUCAAGCAUGCCGUCGUGACGGUGCCCGCCUAUUUCAACGAUGCACAGCGACAGUCCACGAAGGAUGCAGGCACAAUUGCUGGCCUCAAUGUCCUCCGUAUCAUCAACGAGCCCACGGCCGCAGCCAUCGCAUACGGCCUGGACAAGAAGACCGAGAAGAACAUCCUUGUGUACGAUCUUGGCGGUGGAACCUUCGAUGUCUCCCUCCUCACCAUUGACAACGGCGUGUUUGAGGUGGUGGCCACCAACGGCGACACCCACUUGGGUGGAGAGGACUUCGACCAGCGUGUGAUGCAGCACUUCAUGAAGAUCUUCGAGAAGAAGCAUGGCAAGGACAUGACCAAGGACAAGCGUUCUAUCCAGAAGCUGCGCAGGGAGGUGGAGAAGACCAAGCGAGCCCUUAGCUCCACUCACCAGGCGCGCCUGGAGAUUGAGGCCCUCUACGAUGGUGUCGACUUCUCUGAGACCCUGACCCGCGCUCGCUUCGAGGAGCUGAACGCCGACCUCUUCAA